AUGCACGGUGAUAAACUUCUUACACGAGGUGUUCGCAAGAUUUCACGUACCGGAUAUGGCGUCUCUGAUAACGGAACACGGUUUAUAUCUCGUGAGUUUAAAAGAUUCUGCAUGAUAUUCACGUUAGAGCAUGGAACUAUACCACAGUAUCACUCUAGAUCGAAUGGAAGGGCUGAACGGUUCGGGAACUCUUUCAAGAUAGUUUUAAAGAAAGCUAAUAAGCAAGCCACGAACGAGGUCGAGAUCCAACAAUUCUUAAGGGUAUACAGAGUAACUCCGAACGCAAAUGCGCCAGAAGAAUGUUCACCAGCAGAAUUAAUGUUUGCCAGAAAUGUGAGGUCAGUAUUUGAUAAACUGUUACCUUACCUGUGA